AUGGAAACUGUCUGCCCGUACGCCGCGCUCGAGCAAACAGUGUCCCAGCAGUUUUCAGCUCCAGGGCCCGGUCUGUGGUGGGAAGGCAGCUCCAACACUCGUUGCAACUACCUGCUGUUGGAUCCUCGACGCCUGCCUCGCGACGACGAGCCACUGGAUGCAAGGCGGCGGUGGGCCGCUUUCCUCGACGCCAUAUUCUACAUUGGCCAGGGCAGGUCCUUCCGCCAGCACGCCCAUAUGCUCGAGGCGGCGAGCGCUCUGAGGGAGCGGGCGCGCUCCAGGAGCGGGAAAGUCAAGAUGAUCCUGGACAUAUGGGAGGAGGGACAGGGCGUGGUGAGCUACCUCGUCUUCUGCAACAUCGUCCAGGAGGAAGCUCGCACCCGGGAGGCAGCCAUGAUCGACGCCCUCGGCAUCGACUUCCUGACGAAUGAAAGGAAAGGCAGUUACCAUGGAGUGGCCAGGGAGUGGUCCCAGAAGCAGAAACAACAGUUGGGCACGUACUUACUGUACAAAGCGUUUCACCAGUUUCGCUCUGAGAGGGCACAUCAUAUACGGCCGUGUGAUUUAGGAAUAUGGUGUGGAAAGUAG